AUGGCCGCCCUAGCCCCAGCACCCACGCCCUUCCCCAUCUUCAUCUUCACAAAAACAACCUCCUACCGCCACACCUCCAUCCCCUCUGGCAUCGCCCUCUUCCAGCGCCUCUCCGCCCAGCACCCGCACAUCUCCCUAACCACAACCGAAGACUCGAGCAUCUUCACCCCAUCAACCCUCUCCCGCUACCGCGCAGUCAUCCUCCUCCAAACCCUCGGUCCCGCCCUGCUUUCCGACCCCCAAAUCUCCGCGUUUAGAGACUGGAUGCAGCAAGGCGGCGGUGUAGUAGCUAUCCACGGUGCGGCGGCGGGUAUGCCGGAGGAUGGGUGGUGGGAGAAGAUGAUCGGUGCGAAGUUUCUUUCGCAUCCAGACCCGGAAAUCGGGUCUCUGGUGCUGGAUUCCGAAAAAGCCGACGAGCAUUUUAUACUGAGUGGCUGUGGGGGCCGACAAGGGUGGAAAGAUGAGUGGUAUAAUUUCCAUGAGCAUCCGAGGGAGAAUGCAGGGUUGGAGGUUUUGCUGAGGGGGGAUACGAAGACAUUUUCGGGAGGGAUGCAUGGGGAGGAUCAUCCGUUGGUGUGGUGUCAGGAGUUUGAGGAGGGGAGGGUGUUUUUUACAGCGUUGGGGCAUUUUGAUGAGGCCUAUGAGGAUGAGUGGUUUAGUGGGAUGGUGGAGAGGGGGCUGUUUUGGGUUGCGAGGCGGGAAGGGGAGUUGAAGCAGUAA